GUAUGUAGGCCAACUUUGAAUUUUUUAAACCACAUGGCCAGUUGUUCUCGGUUUCCUUCACCUUUUCAGGCGUGCUGUCGCUCCGUCCUUGCUCCGAGCCUAUCUCUAUGCUCAUCUUUGUUUCUAGUCAAACUGCGAUAUUUGGUAUGUGGGUAGGGGUGGUGACGCGACAAGUUUGGUUUCCUAGCUGGUUCAAGCGGACUUAAUGAGGCAGUUGAGACAGCCACUGUGGCCAACGGGGAUUGUUUUUUGAACUGCAAGAUUAUCUAGUUACAACCUUGAGCUAGGAUCCGCUUCGCAAGGGAUUCUGCUCAUUGCGUUUGUGGGGUUUGAUUGCUUGCAUCUUGGAAGCGCAGUGGGGACUUGUAGCGAGACUAGGCUCAAGCAAACGUUCGUCUUACUGUCGAGCUAUUAGUGGAUAGCCGUUGAAUUGCAAGCUCUUGGGACGAAUUGGGAUGGAGAACCAAGAGGUGUUCACUUACUUCACUGGAGGUCCACCUCCUAAUUGGCUGGAAAGCAAUUCUUGGUAUGCCCCAGUUAAAGUUGCCCCUGCUGAGACAAUGCCGUUGGUGGGACUGAAGAAGCUGGAUUUGAAGGUGGGCAUGUGUUGCAUGAAAUGCGCGGAGAUUAUUUCGGAAGAAAUCAGAGAAGUACCUGGAGUGUUAGAUGUGCAGUGCGACUACUCCUCGAAUAAAGUCACGGUGAUUGGGAAACCAUACCCACCCGACGUUCUGAAAAGGGCGAAGAAAAUCGACAAAAAGGCACAUUUCUGGCCUCCAUCCCCACCAGCUCCCAAAGAAGAGGCGAACAAGGCAGAGGCGAAGAAGAAGGAAGUAAAGGUCGAGAAAAAGGAAGAGAAAGUGAAUGAGGAGGAAAAGAAGGAAAAAAAAGAGGAGAAGCAAGAGAAAAAAGAAGAGGGAGGGGGAAAGGAGAAGAAAGAGGACAAACCCAAAGGACCAGCACCAGCACCACCUCCUCAAGCAGUCCAGUACCCUCCUUAUGAAUAUUUGGUGUCGCGGUACCCGAGCUUCGACUAUCAUCCGAGCCAAUCCUACAACCCUCUCCUGCCAUACAACCCCUACCCCAACUCACGCCAGCUCUUCUAUGACUGGCCUCACUUCCGCACAGCUGAAGGAGCAGAGGCCGCGUUUGUGCCGCCUCCAAAACCCGUUCCUUACCAGACUGUCAGCGACUUGUGGAACAUCUUCCAACCGCCGUAAUGGCGUGCAGUUGACGACUGUGGGUCUCUUCCGCUUCCAUGCAUCAUCAUCGUAUUGGAUGGCGGACUGACACUGGGUUCGCGUGCGUCUCGGAGGGGAGAGAGAAUUAGUGAUGAAGAGGUGCACUUACUCGCAGACCACCCUCAGCCAGCCAGUUAGCCAGCCAGAAGUGGGAGAGUCGGGGUGGCAGCAUUCGUAGAGGUUCCAAACAUUGGCUUUGAUUGCAGCAGCAGCAGCUCUGGGGCCCAUGCGGGGAGCCGCCUCACAACACAUGCACCAGUAAGUGUAAGUGAAUGUUGUUAUGUAGUGUGUGCUGAGCUGGGACAAGCGGCAGUGCCCAGGGAGGGCUCCAUCCAGCCAGCCAUCCCCCGGCAACAAAACCACUCCCCGUGACCGACUCCUACUUUAAUUUACUUUACUCUACUCUACUCUCUUAGUAGAGUUCGCCACGCCCCAGUAGCUAAUCAGGCUUUGCCCCUGCAGCCGCAGAGUAGUCUCCAGAUAUCCGGAGCUGAGAUUUGCUAAUUCAUUCUCUUCACGUGUUUACCUUUGCUUCAUCUUUCAAACAAUCCUAUUUACAAUCUUCAAAGAGAAAUGGGUAAUAGCAAAGAUAUAGCACGGUUUAGGUGCAUCUUGAAUCUUUAUAGGGGAAAUCUCGUCCAACUUAUGAGUAAAAAAUCACAUGAAAUUUAUUUGUGGAAUUCAAAAAAGCCUUACAAUACAAUCUCUAUUUAAAGGACUAUGCACCAGUA